CUCAGCGAUGUGACUCUUGCUCCAUUAUAUACUUCCUCAAAGCUAGUCAUGGUGAAAAUCACAGCGAUCAGAGAAAGCAACCAGCGCUUCGCCAACUCACAUGAUGAACAAGGCCUCGUGUGCGUCUUCGCUGGAGCAACAAGCGGCAUCGGAGCCAGCACACUCGAGAGAAUGGCAACCAUGCUCCACUCCCCAACGCUCUACGUAAUCGGGCGCUCAGCAACGCGAUUUGCAGCUCAACAUACAAAACUAGCAACCUUGAACCCAAGCUGUAAGAUCGCAUUUCUCGAAGCCGAUGUAUCGCUGCUCUCAGAUGUGGAUACGGUCUGUAAACAGAUCAUACAGGCAGAGAAAAAGGCGGAUUAUUUAUAUAUGAGUCCCGGAUUGGUGCCUUUGAAUGGAGCCCAAUGUUCAUUCCUCACCUCCAUAUCGAGUUUGAGAUCUGACGAGCAAAUAGAUACGAAAGAACACCUCGACGCAGGCUUCACGCUCUCCUACUACUCCCGCAUGCGUCUCGUCUCAAACUUCCUUCCCCUCCUUCGCAAAUCCUCCCGGCCAGUAAUCCUCAGUGUCCUGAGCGCUGGCGCCGAGAAACCCCUCCUAGAAACUGAUUUUGGCCUUGCGCAAAACUGGUCGUUCACGGCACUUCUAAACCACACUAUCACGAUGACUUCGCUCGCCUUCUCAUAUCUCUCCCAAGAUCCAAGUAAUAAGGAUAUUACGUUCGUACACUCGGCCCCAGGGUUGGUGAAGACGCAGAUUUUUAGUAAGUUAGAGGCGCCGGAGGGGUCGGGAUUGCUUUGGAGGGUGCUGUUACCGGUGGUAAAGGGAGCGGCGGCGGUGAUGUAUUGGAUGAUGGCUGUUUCUAUGGAGGAGAGUGGCGAGAGGCAGGCGUUCCUAUUGGUGAGUGAGGAGUUUGAGCCUGGGGCUUGGAGAGUUAAUCAGGCGUGUGAAGUUAUUCCUGUUGUGGAGAAUGGUGUUUUUGAGAAGUAUGUCGAGAGGGGGUGGGGAGAGAAAGUUUGGGAGCAUACUGGUCACCUAUUUGAAAAGACCUUGGCUUUAAACUGAGUGUAAAAACACAUCGAGAACACGGAAAAUUUAGGUAGCAAGUUAUAUGCGGAAAAAUCAGGGAGAAGUGGC